GAAGAAGAGAUGACUAAUUCCCAGGAACCUGUUACAUUCAAGGAUGUGGCCAUGGACUUCACCGAGGAGGAGUGGGGACAACUAGGCCCCGCACAAAGGGCCCUGUACAGAGAGGUGAUGCUGGAGAUCUACGGCAACCUGGUCUUAGUGGGAAAGAAACUCUACGACUGUGCUGAGUGUGGUAAGAGCUUUAGUCGGAGCACAGAUCUUCGCUAUCAUGAGAGAAUUCACACAGGUGAGAAACCUUUCGUAUGUGACAAAAGGGGCAGAGGCUUCAGUUGCAACACCAAUCUUCGCGUUCAUCAGAGAGUCCACACAGGAGAGAAACCUUUUAAGUGUGAGGAGUGUGGCAAGGACUUCCACCAGAGUUCCAGUCUUCGCAUUCAUCAGAGAGUCCACACUAGAGAGAAACUCAUCAGAUGUAGUAAGUGUGGUAAGGGUUUCACUCAGAGCAUAGAUCUCCAUGUGCAUCGGAGAGUCCACACGAGAGAAACUGUUUAAAUGUGACCCUCUUAAAACACAAACCUUAGUGAUCCUCAGGGAGUCCACACUGGAAAGAAACUGUUAAGUGUGAAGAGUGCCGUAAGGACUACCAGCAAGCUCUUAUCUUCACAUUUACCAGAGAGUGAAACUGGAGAGAAAUUCUGCAGUGUGACGUGUGUGAUGAGGGCUUCAGUCAGAGCACAGCUUCUUCAAGUCUAUCAAAGAAUUCACACAGGAGAAAAACCAUUAAAUGCCAUACCUGUGGUAAAGGCUUCAGUUGCAAGAAACUUCAUGUUCAUCAGAGAGUCCACACAGGGUAGAAAGCCUGAGAAGUGAGCUUAUGUCUUCACAUCCAUUUGAUUCCAUGUGGGAGAAAAACCCUGCAAGUGUGGAGGGUGUGGUAAGAACUUCUAGAGCACAUGGCUCUCCCUUUAUCAUAGGGCCUGUGUCUCCCACGAGACUGUGAGCUCCAUCAGAGUGCAGCUGCGUGUGCUUUGCCCACCAUUGUGUCCCCGCUGCUAACACAGUGUCUGGCACAGAGUAGCCACUCAGUAAAUAUUUGUUAAAUGAGAAUCCAUGUGUGGGAGAACCCCCUAUUCAUGAGAUAUUGUGUGGUAAGGGCAUCAGAGUCCACACUUUGAAAUCUUUUUAAAAAUAUGUUGUGUGGUACAGAUUUCAGUCAGAUCACGGGCUUCAUCAUGAGUUGGUCCCUACAGGAGAGAAGUCCUGUUAACCUGAUGAAUGUAGUAAUGUACUUAAUCAGAGAUAAAUAUUCAGAUGAUUAAAUCAGAGUAGUAAAUAUAAAAAUACAUAUCUUUGACACAAGACCAUCCACAGCCCCCAAAACCGUGUCAAAUUAUAAAAGUAUUUUAGUCAAAACUUAUACAUUAAAAGAUGUACCU